AUGAAUAUGCUUUUAAUAUUCUUGACACUUGUCUGCACCACUUUGCCAUCUCUCGCCUGCUAUGGCAACGGCUGUGGACGGUAUUACAAUUUUCGUACCUGCAAUGGACCGAUUUGUCAUUAUGGAAAGUACGUCGGCUAUGGUUGUCGUCAUGGCGUCUGUCCAUUUGUCUGCUACGGCAGUGGCUGUCGCACCAUACGAACCAGCUACAAUAACAUUAAUCCACUACAGCUAAGGAAUAGUGGAUUUUAUGGUGGUUGGGGCAGUGGAGCUUAUGGCUAUCGUGGCUGUGUGGGCGGAAACUGCGGAUUCUGGGGCGGAUGUGUGAAUGGACAUUGUGGUGGGUUCUAUGACUUUCGAAAUUGCCGAACACCAUCGUGUGUCAGUGGACCAUACCACGGAUAUGCAUGCUUCGAUGGGAAUUGCAGAUAUAUUUGUUUCCAGGGCAUAUGCCACACGCCGUACGCCUACGGACUUGGGUGCUACGGACCGGGGUGUGAUGGAUAUUAUCAGUUCCCUAAGUUGGGAUACCAUUCAAUAUGCAUCGGAUCAAAAUCCUUCAACGGAGACGAGUGUGAAGGAACGGAGGACAUCAAGAAGACAGAAAACAAUAAAUCCAACUAA